UGUUGGUAAAGAUGGUCAAUAAAUAUAAAAAAGAAAAGAUAAGGGGGUUGAAACGAAAAAUUGAUAAAAGAGAGGGGCUUGGCUAUGGCGAGGCAAAGGUAUUCAAAAAAGAGAGGUCCUCUCAAACUCGGUCGCCUCAUCAGAAUCUCCCCACGUUCGUCGGCGGCACAAACAUGUCCUGUCAAUCCGACUAUAACUCAGAUCCUCCUCACGCGCCGCUGCUCAAACCCCAUCUCUCACCCUCCUCUCCCGCCGCCUCACCACCUACUGCCACACCUCACCGUUCCUCCGACGGAAACUCUACCACCAGCCACCAAUCGGAAACUGCCCCUACUGCUUCCAUGGACGACAAUGAGACUGCACCGCCACUACCACUACCUGCUCCACCUCCUCCUCCCAAGAACACGUCAUUUCCGGUGAGGGAAGACUGCUGGUCGGAGGAAGCAACGUUCACGCUAAUCGAGGCCUGGGGAGAUAGGUUCGUCGAACUUAACCGUGGUAACCUCCGUCAGAAACACUGGCAGGAAGUCGCUGACUCCGUCAACGCCCGUCACGGUCACGUCAAAAAAUCUCGCCGGACUGAUAUACAGUGUAAGAACCGCAUCGACACUUUGAAGAAGAAGUUCAAGGUCGAGAAGUCAAAGAUGUUGGAGUUAGGUGCUGAUAACUACGUUUCUCCAUGGCCGUUCUUCGCACCGCUUGAUUCACUCAUCGGUUCCUCCUUCAAACCCUCAACACAGACACCGACACCGCCGCCUCCACGUAAACGAAUUCGGACUCCGCCGUCGCUCCCUGCUCUUCCUCCUCCGCCUUCAUCUGUCCCCGUUGCUCCGCGGUCGAAACGGCCGGCGCCGCCGGCGUUUCAACCGUCGAACGACACUUCGUUUUUCCGGCGUAAUUUCUCUGUGAUGGCAGCGGCUGCGGCUGCAAUUGACGGUGCAGAUGAGGAUUCCGAUACGUCAUGGUCUAGCGGCGGAAACGGAGCGCGGCGAUCGCGGUUAGAGAAGGCUGAUGAGACCGGCGGCGAUGCAUACCAUCAUUUGGCGGAGGCGAUCGGAAGGUUUGCAGAGGUGUAUGAGAGGGUUGAAGAAGCCAAACAACGGCAGAUGGUUGAAUUAGAGAAGCAGAGAAUGCAAUUCACCAAGGAUCUAGAGCUUCAGAGGAUGAAGCUAUUAAUGGAGUCUCAGGUGCAGCUGGAGAAAUUGAAGCGUUCAAAAAGGAAUUCAGAGCCCGAUUUUAGUAGAAGUGAUGAAGGAGAUCAUUCGGCUAGCAUCAGUUAAGGCUUUUGGAAAGAUAUGGCAGCUUUUGUGUUUAGUUGUGGGUACACAUAUAUAUGAUUUACUUUUAUGUAACUGAAUGGUUUAAGUGGGUGCGCUGAAUGGUUUAGUUUGGGUGGGGGUUUAGGGGAGUAGAAGGUAAAGCUUAGGUUAGAGUUUUGUGAAGCUUAUUGUGUUUAUGUUAUGAAGAAACAAGUGAAGGUAAAGAUGUUGUAAGCG